ACCAUGGUCGCGUCGCCCCCACUUUCUGGCCGAAGGAUAAAUUAUGAAAAAUGCCAGUGUGGACGAGACGGCCGUGGCCGAAGGUCUGUGUACUUCGUGAUGUUCCGUUAACCUACCAAGUCGUUGUAUUUAUUGCGUUUCUCGUUUAAUUACUACGUGCGGGAAAUUCUUGACGAAAUGUCGGAUUCGGAGGCGAGCAAUCUUUCUGAGAAUGAAAGGGAUCGCGGCGGUGGCGGCAGUGAAAGUGAACAAGAAGAGAAUCGUUCGAUGAAAUCUGUUGGCGGCAGCGAUGGUGGAAGUAUCGGCGACAGAUCGCAUCGUGUUUCCCGAAGCAGAAGCGGCUCGAGAUCGCGAUCAAGAAGUCCGACCAGGUGGAGGUCAAGAUCUCGAUCAGCGUCCGGUUCUGAGGAUGGCAGAGGAGACGAAGCAGAGGAAGCUAGGUCUGGAGACGAGGAAAUGGAACCUGAGGAAGAACCUGAAGGAGAGGAUUUGGACGGAAGUAGCGAGUUCGAUGAGGAAGAAGAAGAGGAAGACGAUGACAGGCCUAGGAAGAAAAAGAAGAAGGACAAAUAUCGUGAUUUCAUCAUAGAUGAAGCUGAGGUAGACGACGAAGUCGAGGAUGAUGAUGAGUGGGAAGAAGGUGCCCAAGAAAUUGGUAUAGUUGGGAACGAAGUGGACGAGUUGGGCCCAACUGCUAGGGAAAUCGAGGGUCGACGCAGAGGAACCAAUCUCUGGGAUUCUCAGAAGGAAGAUGAAAUAGAGGAGUACCUGAGGAAGAAGUAUGCAGACGAGUCCCUCGCCACUCGCCACUUCGGAGAUGGUGGCGAAGAAAUGAGCGAUGAAAUCACUCAACAAACUUUGCUGCCAGGCGUGAAGGAUCCGAAUUUAUGGAUGGUCAAAUGUCGCAUUGGAGAAGAAAAAGCUACGGUCCUACUGCUGAUGCGAAAGUUUAUUACGUACCAGUUCUCGAACGAGCCACUUCAAAUAAAAUCUGUGGUCGCUCCCGAGGGAGUGAAAGGAUACAUUUACAUAGAAGCGUAUAAACAGCCGCACGUGAAAGCUGCUAUUGAGAACGUAGGAAAUUUGAGGAUGGGUAUCUGGAAACAGCAGAUGGUACCGAUCAAAGAAAUGACCGACGUGCUACGCGUUGUUAAAGAGCAGACAGGUCUGAAAGCGAAGCAAUGGGUCAGGCUAAAGAGAGGAAUUUACAAAGACGAUAUAGCACAAGUCGAUUACGUUGAUCUGGCACAGAAUCAGGUUCACUUGAAACUAUUGCCUAGAAUCGAUUAUACGAGACCGCGCGGUGCUCUGAGAACCGCGCAAAGUGAAUCGGAGGCGUUGAAACGGAAGAAGAAAAGAAGACCGCCGGCUAAACCGUUCGAUCCCGAAGCAAUUCGUGCUAUCGGUGGAGAAGUGACCAGCGACGGUGAUUUUUUAAUUUUCGAAGGAAACAGAUACAGUAGAAAAGGAUUUUUGUACAAAAACUUUACAACAAGCGCGAUUAUCGCUGAAGGCGUGAAGCCAACGUUGUCUGAACUCGAACGGUUUGAGGAAGCUCCGGAAGGCGUCGAAUUAGAUUUAAGCGGAACUCCCAGUACUGGGAUUGGUAAUAAAGAAGACGCUGCGGUGACUCAUUCCUUCAGUACGGGCGACAACGUCGAAGUCUGCGAGGGUGAAUUGAUCAACUUGCAGGGAAAGAUCGUUUCGAUAGAUGGAAACAUGAUAAUGGUCAUGCCGAAACACGAAGAGCUUAAAGAAGCCUUAGAGUUUCAAGCUUCCGAGUUACGGAAAUAUUUCACUAUGGGUGAUCACGUGAAGGUUGUAGCUGGAAGAUACGAGGGUGAUACUGGCUUGAUAGUUCGAGUGGAGCAAAAUAGAGUAGUCUUAUUUUCCGAUCUUUCGAUGCACGAGCUCGAAGUUCUUCCGAGGGAUUUGCAAUUAUGUUCUGACAUGGCAACAGGCGUGGACAGCUUAGGACAAUUUCAGUGGGGCGAUUUAGUACAAUUAGACGCACAGACCGUAGGCGUAAUCGUACGACUCGAGCGUGAGAAUUUCCACGUGCUCUCCAUGCACGGGAAGGUGAUAGAAGCUAGACCCCAGGGACUUACGAAGAGACGCGAAAACAGAAAUGCCGUAGCUUUAGAUUCUCAACAGAACACCAUACAAAAGAAAGAUAUCGUGAAAGUAGUGGACGGACCACACGCUGGCAGAGGUGGCGAGAUUAAACACUUGUACAGAAGCUUCGCGUUCCUGCACUCGCGGAUGUUCGUCGACAACGGAGGAAUAUUCGUUUGCAAGACGAGACACUUACAACUCUCCGGUGGAAACAAGUCCAAUAUAUCGUCCAUGUUACCAGUGGCAGGAUUCAUGUCACCGAGAAUCGCGUCUCCAAUGCAUCCCAGUGGAGGUGGCUUCGCGAGAGGUGGUGGCGGAAGAGGCAGGGGCCGCGGUGGUGGAGCUAGACGUGACAGAGAAUUGAUAGGAACUACCAUCAAGAUAACUGGUGGACCGUACAAAGGAAACGUCGGAAUAGUGAAAGACGCCACAGAUACCACUGCACGCGUCGAGCUACAUUCGACUUGUCAAACCAUAUCCGUGGACAGGUCUCACAUCGCGAACGUCGCAGUUCUCACGAAAGAUGGAGGUUUCAGCAGUUACAACAGGACGCCAGCGUAUCCAGGAGGUCAGACUCCAAUGUACGCGAGAGAUGGGUCCAAGACACCUAUGCACGGCUCCCAGACACCUAUGUACGAGAAUGGUUCUCGUACACCUCAUUAUGGCUCGAUGACUCCAUCUCACGACGGUUCGCGUACACCUGGACAAUCCGGAGCUUGGGAUCCGACUGUUACCAACACUCCAGCGAGAACAAACGACUUCGACGGGUACAGUAUGGAGGAGAGUGGAUCCCCGGGCUAUGCACCGGGUUACCCUUCUACUGGUGGACCGUUCACACCGCAAACGCCAGGGACGAUGUAUGGUUCGGAGCAAAGUUUCAGCUCGUACCAACCGAGUCCUAGCCCGGCGGGAAGUGCCUCCGCGAGUCCUAGCCCCGCAGGAUACGUCGCUACUCCUUCACCGAGUGGUACCGGCUAUACUACAAGUCCUCACGGAGCGUUUGCCACGCCGUCGCCAAUGGGUUAUAGCCCCAUGACUCCAGGUGUUGCAGGUAGCCCAUACAAUCCGCAGACACCUGGCGCUGGUCUCGACACCAGCGUUGGCUCUGGAAUCAUCGGAGGAACCGAAUGGCACACCACAGACAUCGAAGUUCGAAUCCGUGAUUCUCAUCAGGAUCCUGCCUUGGCUGGUCAACAGGGUAUCAUUCGGGGAAUAUCCGGUGGCAUGUGCGCGGUCUUCCUACCCGUGGAGGAUCGGGUAGUUAAUUUAGUUUGCGAAGACUUGGAACCGGUAGUUCCAUCGCGGGGGGAUCGAGUCAAAGUGAUCAUGGGAGAGGACAGAGAAGCGGUGGGCACGCUGUUGUCCAUCGAUAACCAAGAAGGUGUCGUCAAGUUGAACAAGGACGAAGUGAAGAUGUUGCACCUGCGGUUCUUGUGCAAAAUGAAGCCGGCGAACGCGUAAUUCCAGAUGAUCCCUUUAAGAGGCGGCGAUGAGAUUAAUGUAUCCGAAGGAUUUUUUAAUAUUACUAAUUAGACAUCACUGAGUUAUGAGUUCCAAAUGUCCCUCGUUGCGUUUAGAAACAAGAAUUAAUUAAGGAAUAUGUAAAAUAAAUACAUACACUCUUAUUGUAAAGACCCAGGAACCUUUUCCUACGAAGAAUUUUCAAUUUUCGGUGAGUGUUACAAAACUUGAUGAAGCGUUUUGUAAAAAAAAA